GUAGACCGCAGCAUCACAGCCCUUAGGAUCCUGUGCGAGACCAGCACCCCAGAAGGGGCACUGUCGGGGUGGACAGGAAACGGAAGUGGCCCUCAGAGGACGUUUAAGUCUUGUUGGCGCGCGGCGCUAAAGCGAGUGCACGAGGUUUUAUGGCGUGACAGUCAUCAGUGAUUUUGAGGAUUUCUUGGUGUCUCUGUGGAGCUGUUGAGCUUUCUCCUUACUGGAGGCUGCGGGAUCUUCCAUUCAUUCUGAUCGCAGCCCACAUACAGACUCCCCUCCAGCUUUGGAAGGUGGUCUGAGACCCAGGGUGAACAUGCCAGCUAAUGGGAAAUCACCCCAGAGGUUCCCUGCCUUGGUUCCAGGACAGUCUGGCAGAUCAUUUGAGGUAUCUGUGUCAUUUGAGGACGUAGCUGUGGAUUUUACCCGACAGGAAUGGCACAGACUGGACCCUGCUCAGAGGACCAUGCACAAGGAUGUGAUGUUGGAGAACUAUAGCAACCUGGCAUCUGUGGGCCUCUGCGUGGCCAAACCAGAGAUGAUCUUCAAGUUGGAGCGAGGUGAGGAGCUGUGGAUAUUAGAGGAGGACUCCUCAGGCCAUUGUUACCCAGGAUCUCUCUCACUGCUGUGUGGCAACAGUUCUGUUGGGGGUAAUGCCCUCAGGCAUGAUAAUGACCUUCAGCAUCAGAAAAUUCAAACUUUGGAUCAAACUGUUGAAUAUAACGAAUAUGGGAAAGUCUUCUACAAGAAAACAGGCUUUGUUGGACACAAAAGAACACACACAGGAGUAAAAAACUUUGGAUGUCAUGAAUGUGGGAAAACUUACUGCAGGAAAUCAAAUCUUAUUGAACAUCUGAGAAUACACACAGGGGAGAGACCCUAUAAAUGUGGUGAAUGUGCAAAGACCUUUAGUGCAAGAUCAUACCUCAUUGCUCACCAGAAAACUCACACAGGGGAGAAACCCUUUGAAUGUAAUGAAUGUAGGAAGUCUUUUGGCAGGAAGUCACAACUCAUUCUACAUCAGAGAACGCACACAGGAGAGAGACCCUAUGAAUGUACUGAAUGUGGGAAAACCUUUUCUGAGAAGGCAACCCUCAUGAUUCAUCAGAGAACUCACACUGGGGAGAAGCCCUAUGAAUGUAGUGAAUGUGGAAAAACAUUUCGAGUUAAGAUAUCCCUUACACAACACCAGAGAACUCACACAGGGGAGAAACCAUAUGAAUGUGGUGACUGUGGGAAAAACUUUCGUGCAAAGAAAUCCCUAAAUCAACAUCAAAGAAUUCACACAGGUGAGAAACCAUAUAAAUGUGGUGAAUGUGGGAAAUUCUUCAGAAUGAAAAUGACUCUCAAUAAUCAUCAGAGAACUCACACAGGUGAAAAACCCUAUCAAUGUAAUGAAUGUGGGAAAUCUUUUAGGGUGCACUCAUCUCUUGGGAUACAUCAGCGAAUUCACACAGGAGAGAAACCUUAUGAAUGUAAUAAGUGCGGUAAUGCCUUCUAUGUGAAAGCACGCCUCAUUGAACAUCAGAGAAUGCAUUCAGGAGAGAAACCCUAUGAAUGUAGUGAAUGUGGAAAAAUCUUCAGUAUGAAGAAAUCCCUUUGUCAACACCAGAGAACUCACACAGGAGAGAAACCCUAUGAAUGUAGUGAAUGUGGAAAUGCUUUCUAUGUGAAAGUACGCCUCAUUGAACAUCAGCGAAUUCACACAGGAGAGAGACCUUUUGAAUGUCAGGAAUGUGGGAAAGCCUUCUGCCGGAAAGCACACCUCACAGAACAUCAGAGAACUCACAUAGGCCGGCCCUUGCCUUGUACUAUGGAGAAAGCUUCUUUGUGAAAACUCCUAUUACCA